AAUCCCUAAGAGAAGUUAACCUAAUGUAGAGGGCGAGGUGUAUGUCAACAAUAACUGUUGCCGACACUGCACAACUGCUAUGUUUGUCGAAUCUGUGGAAAAAAUGCCACGUGAAAUACUUUUCAACGAUGAAUAUCACGAAUGAUAAAAAUAUUUCUGCGCCGAAAAAAGCAAAAGAUGCAAAGUCCACGUCGGAAGAAUGGCACGCGAGCAAAAUUGUUUUUCGCGUACUGCUACUCGUCUCAUGCUUCAAAAUACUUUUAAUUCCUACGUAUCGUUCCACGGAUUUUGAGGUACACCGCAAUUGGCUUGCUAUAACAUACAGUUUACCAUUGAAAGAAUGGUACGUGAAUGCCAAGUCACAAUGGACCUUGGAUUACCCACCAUUCUUUGCAUGGUUUGAAUACUUUCUCAGUCAGAUUGCAAGAUUCGUAGAUGAUGACAUGUUGAAAGUGGAAAAUCUAAAUUACGCGUCUUUUAAUACUGUCCUUUUCCAAAGAGGCACUGUUAUAUUUUUGGAUUUGAUAUAUGCUUAUGGAGUUAAAGAAGUUGGCAAAGUAUUUUGCUCUUCGUUUGAUGAAUAUUUUAUCUUCAUAGUUUUUUCUUUGUGCAACAUUGGAUUGCUACUGGUGGAUCAUAUACACUUCCAAUAUAACGGAUUUCUACUUGGCAUUCUUUUACUUGCUGUUGCUAACGUUUCUAAAGUAAAUAAACAGGUGGCCAUCUUGUCUGGAACACUGUUAUUUGCCAUACUACUGAAUUUGAAACACAUUUAUUUAUAUGUAGCACCGGUAUUUGUAGUCUGGUUACUCAGAUCGUACUGCAUAAAUGAAGGUUCAUUUCUCAGACGUUUAUUUGCACUUGGAAGCAUAGUUAUUACCACCUUAAUAAUUUCAUUUGGUCCAUUUGCCUCGCAAUUACCUCAGGUAUGCAAUGUGAAAUGAAUUCAAUUUUUGCUAUUUAAUCAUGAAUUGAUUGUCUCAGGUAAUAUCAAGGCUAUUUCCAUUUAAAAGGGGUUUGGUGCAUGCAUACUGGGCAGCAAAUGCUUGGGCAUUGUAUAUAGGUGCAGAUAAAGUGAUGUGUUUAAUUUUGAAACAAUUAGGAUGGUUGAAAAGUACGAGAACAGCAGUCAUGACUGGUGGGUUAGUACAAGAACAAACGUUCUUAAUUUUACCAAGUCCUACUCCAGUUGUGACGUUUUUAUUAACUAUUUGCACUAUGAUGCCUGCACUGUAUUGUUUAUUAUGUAAGAAGGAAUACACAAACCCAAAACAAUUUGUACGGUGCUUAGUCCUCUGUGCUUUGUGUUCAUUCAUUUUUGGUUGGCAUGUACAUGAGAAGGCAAUUUUAACCGCUAUUAUACCACUGUGUGUAUUAGCAGCGACCAACAAGAAUGAUGCCAGAAUCUACAUAAUUUUAAGCAGCGCAGGUCACGCCGCUCUCCUGCCUCUACUUUAUACAGAUAAUUUAACUCCAUUAAAAAUCUUGUUAAUUUCUGUACACACAACUGCGUCCUUUUUAACUUUCUCUCGAAAGUUUGAUACGGGUUUAUUGUACUCCUACGAGUACUUGUACGUAAUUAAUCUGCCGGUGUUAACAGUAUACGAAACCGUUGUACACAAGUUGAUAUUUCAUGAAAAACUGCCAUUUCUGCCUUUGGCUUUUACUUCAAUAUACUGUGCUAUAGGGAUAACUUAUUCUUGGGUGAUCUAUUAUUAUAUGUUUUUACGACGCAGUGACGCUGAUGAUAUUAAAAAAAAGAGACAAUAAAAUCUUUACACGUUGCACAUCUUGUGAAGUUUAUAUUUAUUGCAUUUCUUUUGUUUCGUUAUACAUCACUUUAACCUCAAUUGCCGAUUGAGGUUAGAAUAAGGAUUGCAAAUCGAAUCUAGUAGAUCAGAGAUUACGAUUUCUUCUUCCCGUUCGAAUUUAGAAAUUUCAAUAUGUUUUCAUUUCCAACUACACCAAGUUUUUAAGACAGAUUGUUUCUACUAUGUGCUCUGGAUUUUGACUAUAUACCGAUAUUACAAAUCUACAUGUACGUACAAACUUCCCAACACUACUCCAUUGCUCUCAAGAGUGAUGAACAUGGCGGCUUGGAUCUUCUGGGCGACAAGAAAUCAAAAUGUGGGCUUCAUCAGUUCUGCGAUACGGAGCUGUGCUUACUCCACAGAGCCAAGGAUCAUUAAAAAUCCCACAACGGCUGGUUUGAAAAGAGGUACUGGUGGCCGCAGCUCCUUCAAUGGCAUAGUUUGCACGAUAUUUGGAUGCAGUGGUUUCCUCAUUCUAGCGCAUAGGUGCGAUCCAUACCACAUAAGGGAAUUGAAAGUGGGUGGUGAUCUCGGACAAGUUUACUAUGUUCCGUUCGACCUCAGAGAUGAAGAGUCAAUAAUCAGAGCCAUGAAAUACUCUAAUGUCGUCGUUAAUCUGAUUGGUACAAACUACGAAACGUCAAACUUCAGUUUUAAUGACGUGCACGUAGAAGGAGCAAGGACACUGGCCAGACUCGCCAAAAAAUGCAACGUAGAACGUUUUGUUCACAUAUCGUCUUUAAAUGCAGCAGAAAAACCUACACCAAUGAUAAUACAAGGAGGCUCGAAGCUGUUGAAAUCGAAAUGGUUCGGAGAACUUGCGGUAAAAGAAGAAUUCCCAGAGGCUACCAUAGUCCGUCCAUCAGUUAUAUAUGGAUGCAUGGAUGGGUUUAUCAGUCAUUAUAUGAGAAAACAGAGGGCAACCUUCGAAUACAUACCACUGUGGCAUAAAGGCGAAAAAACUGAGAAGCAGCCGGUGUAUAUUCACGAUGUGAUAUCAGGCCUUGUAGAGAUAAUAAGAAAUCCUGACACUGCCGGAAAGACUUAUCAAUUUGUUGGGCCAGAGAGAUACACGUUGAAUAAGUUAGUUAUGUGGAUGUAUGAUUUGAAAAUGCAGAACACCGGUAAUCCUUACAAGAUAAACGACAUGAAGUAUAAUCCGUACUUUUGGCUCAAAACUACGUUCUACGAAUUAGUAUAUCCAAUACAUCCUGUUGUAAAUAUAUUGUGGGAAAUAAUGGAAUUGCACCAUGCUACUGAUAAGAUAGACCCAAGUUUGCCAACUUUGGAAGAUUUAGGAAUAACGCCGUCUAAUAUGAAAAUGCGUCUAGCAUGGGAAAUCGAGGUGUAUCGUGAUACAUACACGGAUGAAUUAGAAAGAGUUGUUCCUCCUAAAGUGAAGUCCGUACCAGACUGAAAUGUUCUAAGUAACUUAUAAUUUAGAAGAGAAUCGUCAAAUGUUUCGAGUUAAAUAAAUCUGUUAUAAAGUAAAUUGUCUGUAUUAUAUUUAGAUUCGAGUUAUUAUUUUCAAAUUACGCUCUGACAAUUGUGUCCUGUACUUUUAUGUGUAUCCUAUGCACAAUAAUGAUUGUUAUUCAUCGUUUUUUUUUUUUUUUU